CAGAUCUCACCCAAGAAGGCAUCCUGCAUUUACCGUAUAUUUUGCUCCAUAAGACACACUUGGGGGUAAAUGUCUGUGCGUCUUAGCAGGCACACAACAGAAUACAGUCAAAGACUUUGGUCUGCAGACACAGUACAGGAGAUGACCAGAGACUGCGGACACAGUACAGGAGAUGACCAGAGACUGCAGACACAGUACAGGAGAUGGACCAGAGACUGCGGACACAGUACAGGAGAUGACCAGAGACUGCGGACACAGUACAGGAGAUGACCAGAGACUGCGGACAUAGUACAG